GUUGCAGAGUGAUCUGGCUGAUGGGCACCAGUGCUUGGUGUGGGGCUGAGUGCAUGUCCUGGCCAGCAGCAGGGACCCUGCUCCUCCCCAGGCAGUGAGAUAAAGGUGCUCCUGCCCCAAAGAGUGGGGCUGUGCUGCCAUGACAGUCUCCUACACACUGAAAGUCGCCAACUCCCGUUUUGGGGGCUUCUCCAAGCUGCUUUUCCGCUGGAAGGGCAGCAUCUACAAGCUGCUCUACAAGGAGUUCAUCGUCUUCGUGGUGCUAUACGCGCUGCUCAGCAUCGUCUACCGGCGGCUGCUGACCGAGGAGCAGAAGCGUCUCUACACCAAAGUGGCUCAGUACUGCAACCGCUCCACGGACCUCAUCCCCAUGUCCUUUGUCCUAGGUUUUUAUGUCACCCUGAUUGUGAAUCGGUGGUGGGCACAGUACACCAGCAUCCCACUGCCUGACCAGCUCAUGUGUGUCAUCUCCAGCAACGUCCACGGCAAGGACGAGCGGGGUCGGAUCCUGCGGCGCACCCUGGUGCGCUACGCCAACCUGUCGGCCGUCCUCAUCCUGCGCUCCGUCAGCACCAGGGUGCUCAAACGCUUCCCCACCAUGGAUCAUGUGGUGGAAGCUGGCUUCAUGACGCAGGAUGAACGCAAGCAGUUUGAGAGCCUGUACUCCGACUUCAACAAGUACUGGAUCCCCUGCGUCUGGUUCACCAACCUGGCAGCCCAGGCGCGGCGCGAUGGCCGCAUCCGUGAUGACGUUGCCCUGCGUCUGCUGAUGGAUGAGCUGAACCUGUUCCGGGCCAAGUGCAGCAUGCUGUUCCACUACGACUGGAUCAGCAUCCCACUGGUGUACACACAGGUGGUUACCAUUGCUGUGUACUCCUUCUUUGCCUUCUGCCUCAUUGGGCGGCAGUUCCUGGAGCCGCUGGAGCCAGGGCAGGAGGGGGACCUGGAUAUGUACAUCCCCCUCUCUACCCUCCUGCAGUUCUUCUUCUACGCUGGCUGGCUGAAGGUUGCAGAGCAGAUCAUUAACCCUUUUGGGGAAGACGAUGAUGACUUUGAGACCAAUAAAUUGAUAGACAGAAACCUGCAGGUGUCCCUGCUGUCGGUGGAUGACAUGUACCAGAACCUGCCACCAGCCACCAAGGACAAGUACUGGAAUGAAUCUACGGCUCAGCCCCCCUACACCAUAGCCACUGCCGCCGAGACCCUGAAGCCCUCCUUCCUGGGCUCCACCUUUGACAUGCGCAUGACCGAGGACAUGGAGCAGAGCCAGACGGUGGAGGCCUCGCCGAACAUGGCCCGCACGCAGACCCCGCUGCUCAGCCGCUUCCUCGCCGCCGCAUCCCCUGCCAUCAGCAUCAAAAAUUUUGGUCGAGGUGGCCGAGCCACCCCUCACCUGCGGCGUGCCCGGGGGGACAGCACUGCCCACUGCGAGGACCCCGAGGCUGUCAGCCGCAUCGAGGAGGAGGAGACGGAGGAUGAGGAGAGCCAGAGGGGCAGCCCCUGCUCCCCAAAGGCCUCCGAUAAGCAGAAGCUGCCACUGAUCCAGGUGGAGGCACCGUCCAGAGAGAGCAUUGAAACCGAGCAGCCAGGGGCUGGGGAGCCAUGAGGAGGUAGGAGAGCCCUGUUCCAAUGCACCCCUGGCACACCCUGGUCAGAAGCAGGGCCUCAGCAGUCGUGAACCAGGGUUUGUCCCCAGGGUGGUGGGGAGGUGCUGAUGGGUCGGGGUGAUGCCACCACUCGCAGCUGGCCAGGCACGCUGCCUGCUGCCAAGGGGACAGCCCAAGCACUGAGCCAGGAUAGAGCAAAUGUGUUCAGCACUGUGCUGGCAUGUACCCUCAAUGUUAAUAAAGUUCUUGCCAGCCUUG